AUGUACUUCUCCAAGAUCGCCGUUCUUUUCACCCUCGCCGCUACCGGCUUCUCCGCCCCUGUCGAUGUCGACAAGCGUCAGGCCAAGCUCCUGUCUGUCCAGGACUACUCUCAGUUCCAGGUCUCUGACGGUGUUGCUGGCAACGCUCUUGCUGAGGUCGCCCAGAAGUUCCCCAUCGACCAGAUCAAGGCCAACCUCGCUGGCGUGAGCAAGGACGACCUCGCCAUCCUUCAGGCUGCCCGCGUUGCUGCCGAGGGCGCCGAGACGGACGCCGGCGGCUUCAACGACGCCAUUGCCAAGGCCUCCGGCACCGACGCCGACGCCCUCAAGGUCGGCAAGAUCAAGAACAAGGUCCUCAAGCUCCAGCUCGAAGUCCUCGCCCUGCAAGUCCAGCAGGCCCAGGGUGCCAGCAACCAGGCCAAGAUCGAUGCCGAGCAGAAGAAGCUCGACAACAACGUCAAGACCGACACCGCCUCCAAGGGCAAGACCAGCCAGGCCGUCGCCUUCAAGGCCACCUCGGCCCCCGGAGGAGCCAAGGCUGCUGCCAAGCCCAAGAAGGGAAAGAACUGA